CGUCAUUAGUCCCUUUCUGUAUUUACUGUAUAUUUAUUUGAGUAGAAUAACGUGUGUGCAGAUCAUUUCUGCAUUACUUUGCAGUCUUUACUUUGCAGCUACACUUUGAUUCAGUCUGUAGGGGUGCUGGUUUGUCAGAGAGGGUUUGGACUUAGCUUGAGUUUCAAGAAAGGGAGGGGGUUGUUGUAUACGCCGUGUGUUGGCAAGGAUUAGGCCUAGUCAUGUAGUAGUCACACUCUUAGUGCCCCGGCCAACUGUUGGCUUAGGAAACAAAAUCCCUGCGGAUUUGUGGCUAUGAUCGGCCAUGUGUUCAGGUCCUCUGUGCCUUACAAAUCCCAAGUGACGCCAGUUGAUCUGCAUCAACACGUUCUCUGAUCUCCACCGUCUCCAUAAAGGAGGGAGAUGAGGUUGGAGGGGAGCCUGCAGCUUGUUCUGCUUUUGGCCUUGACCUCCACAGCCACAGGCCUCAACAUUCCUAUAGAAGUGGAGCAGCCUCCAACCAUAAUAACUCACACAUCUGGUCCCGUUAUUGCCCUUCCUUUUGACAACACCAUUACUAUCAGGUGUAAAGCCAGGGGCAACCCACCACCACAAUACAGAUGGACAAAAGAUGGCGAAGACUUUGUCCCUCCCUACAUCCCGACAGAACACACAGAUGGCACCUUUAUGCUUCGCAAAGAGCAUCUCAUCCUGUUUCAGGGUAAAUACCGAUGCUACGCUUCUAACAAGCUGGGAACUGCCAUGACGGAGGAGAUUGAACUGAGAGUUCCCGGUGACCCCAAGUUUCCAAAGGAGUUGAAUUUCCCCAUUUUAGUUAUGGAGGGAGAGCCAAUCACCCUGGAGUGUAACCCUCCAGAAGGCGCGGCCCCACGUCAGAUCUACUGGAUGUCUAUUGGUCUCCAGCACAUUGAGCAGGAUGAGAGGGUUUCCAUGGGCACUGAUGGCAACCUGUACUUCUCUAAUGCCUUACCGAAUGACAGUCGUCUGGACUACUGUUGCUUUGCUGCCUUCUCUACAAUACGCACCAUCGUCCAGAAAACCGCCAUGGCUGUCUCGGUCAAGAGCUUGAAUCCUGGCAAUGGGUCAGCUGACAGCGGCAAUGCCACUCAAGCCCCCCCAGUGAGAAUGCCCGGCCUGCUGCUGCCCUCUGGUGUGCAGACAGAGAAAGUGCUGUUGAAGGGAGAGAAUCUGCAGCUUGAGUGUAUACCACAGGGAUAUCCCACUCCAACGAUAACAUGGAUGAAAAUGGGAGACAAGUUGCCUGUUCGGAAACAAUUCAACAACUUUGGAAAGAUGUUGUCCAUAUCGUCUGUAGAUGAGUCGGAUGGCGGGAAAUACAUGUGUAAAGCCCAAAACUCUGCUGGAGAGACUGUCCACUACUUUGAUGUAAUAGUGGAAGAUCUGCCAAAGUGGGAGACAGAGCCUCCUCAAAGCCAGCUGACUGUGAUUGGGAGUGAUGUUCACAUCAAGUGUUCGGUCAGUGGAAAACCAUCGCCAGACAUAACGUGGAGGAGGAAUGGAGAAUGGUUCAGGGAUGACCCAGGGAGCAGCAGGCGAGUGCUUGAUGACACUGUGCUGCUCCAUAACGCCAGAGCAGAGGACAGUGCCGUCUACCAGUGUGAAGCCUCCAACAUUCAUGGCAGUGUCCUGGCCAACAUUAACAUCAUGGUCAUGAAUAUUGCCCCGCGAAUACUGACAAUGGACUUCCAAGAGUAUGCUGUGGUACUAGGAGCGGACAUCGUCAUGAACUGCAGUGUGUUCAGCUCUCCACCACCCACCAUCUCCUGGGUCAAAGAUGAGACUCUAGAGACCAUCGAAGGGGAACGAUUUUUUGCUGUGAGCGAAUCUUUGCGAAUCAUCAGUGCCGAAAAAAACGACAGCGGGGAAUAUGUGUGUGUUGCCUCUAACAAGGAGGGGAAGUCAUCUGUCACCGCUGUGCUGGAUGUGAAAGACCCGACAAAAAUAGUCCACCCACCUCAGGACGUGCAGAUCAUCAGUGGGACCACAGCCCAGUUGAUGUGCCAGGCAGAGUUUGAUAAAAGCCUGCGGGGUACCUUUGAGGUGGUUUGGAGGAAGGAUAGCGAGGAGAUCCCACUUUCCUCUGAGGAAAAUUCCAGAUACUUUGUGGACGAUGGCAUGCUGCAGAUCAUGAGUGUGAAUCUGAGCGAUCAGGGAAUAUACACAUGCAUUGCUAGGACAAGCCUAGAUGAGGACAAUGCCACUGCACUACUGACUGUGCUGGACGUUCCCGAUGCUCCACAAGAUGUAGAGGUAUCUGAACUGAAGAGUCCGAGAAAUGUUCGCCUGUCUUGGAUACCUGGGAGUGAUCACAACAGCUCUGUAACAGAAUUUAUAGUGGAGUAUGAGGAGAGCCAAUGGGAGCCCGGCAGGUGGAAGGAGCUACAGAAAGUCCCCGGUAACCAGGCAACAGCCGAGCUUGCACUACAAGGACACCUUAACUACCAGUUCAGAGUGUAUGCCGUCAACGCUGUUGGACCUGGACCCCCCAGUGAGCCCAUUGAGGGAUACAAAACACCUCCUGCUGCUCCUGAUAAAAACCCAGAAAACAUCAAAAUUCAAGGCCACCUCCCUCAUCAAAUGGACAUUAGCUGGGAGCCACUGUUGCCUAUUGAACACAAUGGCCCAGGCCUCGAGUACAAGGUGAGCUACAGGAAACUGGACGUGGACGAUGUCUGGAGGGAACAUCUGGUCAAAAGGCACUCCUUUGUCGUGAGGAACACGUCCACUUUUGUCCCCUAUGAAAUCAAAAUUCAGAGCAGGAACAGCCACGGCUGGGGACCAGAUCCUAAAAUCGUUACUGGUUACUCUGGAGAAGACGUCCCGACUGCAGCACCACGGGACAUAGCAGUGGAGCUGAUCAACACCACUGUCCUGAGAGUUAGCUGGACCCCUGCUCCACCUGCCACAGUGAGAGGUCAUCUAGGGGGCUACGAUGUUCACUGGUUGAGGAAAAGAAGUUUGCUGGAGCCCGACAAGAUUUUAGAUGACCGCCGGUCGCUGUCUUUUCCCGGGAAGAGGACUCAUGCCAUCGUGCCGGGCCUUGAGCCUUUCUCCGAGUACAGACUCACUGUCAAUGUUUUCAACAAGAAGGGCAAUGGGCCCAACAGUGACCCGGUCACCUUCAACACUCCAGAGGGAGUUCCUGAGCAAGUGCCCAUUCUGACGGCCUCCAACGCUAAGAAAGACUCCAUUUUGCUGGUCUGGGGCCCACCGCGGGAGACAAACGGCAUCCUCACUGGUUAUCUCCUGCAGCACCACCUCAUUAAUGAGACCACACUGGAGGUGGUUGAUUCCCAGGAGACAAACAUCACUGGCGCUGACACCACCCAGUGGCAUCUUCAGGGUCUAGAGGAGGGCAGCCUCUACCGCUUCCAUCUCAGAGCCUGCACUCGAGCAGGUUGUGGACCUCCGCUGGCCCAGGAGAGCAGCACUCCAGGCACUACAGCACAUUUGUCCCCGACUCCAGCUGUGGCCCCAGUUCAGAGCAGCGACAACUGCUCUCUCUCUCCUCCCAGCUCUAUCCCAGGCAAUUCUACUCAUCCUACUUUAGUGCCAGCGCUGUUGAACAUAAGCUCGUAUGUGAGUGACACCUUUGCCAAAAUCAGCUGGACUGCCAGGGAAGAGCAGCAGGACUCGGAGCUUUAUGUGGCUUAUAUGAAUAACCGUGAUGGUAACUGGCUGGUAUCAGAGGCUGUAAACGCUUCUCGAAGUUUCCACGUUAUUGAUGGGCUCAAACCUGGGACGGUGUACACCGUGCGCCUCAUGGCCAAGCGGCUGCUCGAUAAUGCUAGCAUUUUCGAAGGUGUUAUCCAGACCCGAGUCAAAGCUGCGGCAGGUCAACGGAGCAACUUUUCGACCCAGGGCUGGUUCAUUGGGACCAUGUGUGCUGUGGCGCUCCUCACCCUUGUCGUACUCAUGGCCUGCUUUGUGCGGCGAAACAGAGGUGGCAAGUAUGCAGGUACGCCGCCGCCGACCCAGCGACAAGACAUGUUCUUCAUGGAAAAAGUGAAAGCGAAGGAGGACCUGCACCCUGAUGCGGAGUCACAAGGAGAGAAUGAUGACACCUUCUGUGAAUACAGUGACAGCGAAGAGAAGACGCCGCUAAAGGGCAGCAGCUUGCGUUCCCUGGCUGGAGAUGACGCGUUGGGGGACAGCAUCAGCAGAGACAGCAUGGUUGACUACGCCGAUGGUGGAGGAGAAUUCAACGAGGACGGUUCAUUUAUCGGAGAAUAUUCUGGACGCACACGCGGAGACUCUGUUAGCGAGCCCAGUGGACCCAGACCAGUCACUGCAUAAAGCCAGGCUCCGGUCUUAACGGUCGACUUCAAAUAUUUUCAAGAUACUUUUUUAAAUUCAGCUUCCCUGGGAUUAAAUAUAGCAGGAGUACCCAAAUAUGGGCGGGGGGGGGGGGGGUGACUCAAAUGUGUAGACGUUUUGCCCAGGGACCGGAAAGGAAAGAACACUCCCACCAGACACAUCGGUGUGAAAACCAUGUAAGUCUUUGUACAUACUGUAAGAGAAUGACCUGUAUCAUUUGAGUUUUUCAAGAUUUUAUUAAUUAUAAUAAAGGUGUUUUUGUACCUUUUAUAGGCCACAAUCGUCAGCUGUGUAUGUUGAUUGCCUUCUUUCACAAAAGGCUGAAGAUCAACAAUUAUUUCCCACAAUACAAAAAACACUGAAAAUAUCACUAUACAUGUAUAUUCUUUACACAGUGAACGGAAAUGAUACAUAGAGUAGAAAUACAUAUGCAUCUAGCCUGUGUUCAAUCACAGUUGAAUCAAUAUAUAGUCAUACAUGCUUUACUGUCCAUUACUGUCUACUUUAUGUAUAUGUUUCAGACUUUUGUUAGUAUGCAAAUGUGUGAAUGUUGUUUAUAUUCAAAAUGCUGUCAGUACCUUUCAUAUAAUUAUAUCAAACAAAUUUUGGAAAUUUUUUAUUGCUUUUUUACAUCAAACAGGAGAGAAAAAAUAUAAACGUAAAAACAACAUUAACAUAACAGAAUUCAAUUGAAGAACAGAUUCAAGUAUCAAAUCCUCCCAACUACGCCCCUGGUUGGUUGGGGGAAUUACAGCAACGAUAUAUAAGUUGUUUAGCAAGAGGUUGAACUGAUAAGUGUAGUGCUGCAUUUAUAUCUGGAGUG